CUAUGGAAAGUUUGCUUGUUUUUUGUUUUUUUUCUGAAUUUCAAUAUGGAUUACGCGACUCACAAUGUUUGAAAACAAUGCUAGAGUUUAUUUCUGAUCCAAUUAAUAUCCGCAAUUAAGCUGAUAAUUAUAAUUUAUUAUUUGCGAAGAAACUGCUCUUACUAAAUCGAUUUUACUUGCUAACUUAUAACCUUUUCUUGUUGUAAAGCAAUAGAAGAUUUUUUUGCCGGUAUAUCCGGUAGCAAUUAAUUGUCAAUGAAACCCUGUUAAAUAUUAAUUAUUGUUAUAUUUCUUUCCUCAAAGAUAACUUUAUUUUAAGAGAGUGUCUGAGAAAAAUCAUGGCUGCUAAAAGAGAAUUACAUCUUGAUCCUGAUUAUGAAGCUUUGCCUCCUGAACUACAAGAAAAACGUGUUAAACUAUAUGAGGAUAGUGUGAGAAAACAAAUGCAGGAAAAAAUUGUGAAUGUGUUAAAAGAAAAUUUUGAGCAAGAAAUAAAUUCAAAAGAUGCAGAAAUAGAUGCUUUAGAUGAAAACUUAUAUACAUGCCGAGCAGUUGUAGAUCGACUAAGAGCCUGUAUAAUUACAAAAUUUUAUGCAAGUUUAGGACAAGAUCAGAAACCAGAUCAAGAUUUUGUACCUUCAUUGCAUCCUACCAUUAAGAAACAUAUGGAUAAAAGCAUCUUCCCCGAAGGGAAAUGUGAGCAUGUGAUGAGGCCUGGCUCAUCUAAGGAGGCUGAUACAGUAUUUAUAAAUGGAAAUGUUAGAGAUACUGUGAGACUAACGUGUAACGAUUUAAGUCAAGACAAUAACAGUGUUUGUAAUUCUAAUCAUGUUUCUAUGACUGAUGAUAGUUACAAUGUAUCAAGAUUCAAAACUAAAUGCAAGAUUGUUGUUGGAAACAUUUCCAAAUUCAUUCCUGUGUGGCAGCGUAAUGAGAGCGAUCAAUCUACUCAUAAAUGGAUGGUAUAUGUCAGAGGUGAUAAAGAUAAAAAACCAGACGAUGUUGAUGUAAAUGUCAAGAAAGUCAGAUUUUUGUUGCAUCCUAGUUAUCGGCCGAAUGAUAUAGUUGAAAUAAACUCUCCACCUUUUCAAUUGGUUAAAAGAGGCUGGGGAGAAUUUCCUGUAAGGGUGCAACUUCAUUUUCAUGAUACUCGAAACAAACCUGUUGAUAUCAUUCAUAAUCUAAAGUUGGACAAGACUUUUACUGGCCUUCAAACUCUUGGUGCCGAAACAAUUGUUGAUCUACAAUUAUACAAAACUGGAAACUCUUUUCCACCUCCAGCUACUCCUAGAACAUCAUUCAAUUUUCCCAUAUCUGAUGCAUCGAAUUCAACUUUAUCUUCCACUUCCUGUUCAGAAAGUGAUUCUCUUCACACCCUGCCUGUUAAAAUGGAAAUUGACAUCGAUUCAGAAAGCAAUGCAAACGAUUCCACUGUCAACAAGAAACUUUUCACUUCCACCGAAUCCAAUAAUGUCCUUCAAGAAGGAAUUGAAACCAACUUGAUGUCCAACAACAUAUUUUCAAGUGAAGCUGAUUCUAAAAACAACACAUUACUAGCAAAUAAUCUCCCUGUAAAUAAAACACCCGUGAAGAAAGAAUCUGUACCCAACGGAAUUAGUACUGCAUUUGUUAAGUGUACCGAUUCUGGUGGUAGAGUUCUUCUAGUCCCUCAGUCAUCUUUAGUUUGCAUUAAAACAGACAAGCUGAGUCCGAAUAAAACUAAUAAUUUAUUAAAUAACAACCUGAAACCUGAACUGAAUGUCAAAAAUUCUAAAGUUAUAGUUCCUUCUUAUAUACUGAAGGUUGUUCCCAAUAAAGACAGUUCUCAAAAACAAGUUAUUAUGAUUCCAAUGUCUGAUAAAAAAGUGAAUUCUAAAGAAAUUAAUAAACCAAUGCCUAUUCCUAAUGAAAAAAGUUUAACGAAUAAUAGUUCUGAAGCGAGAAGUCUUAGUCCAAUUCAAGAAAACAUCGGAGAAAGACGUAAACAUUUUAAAUGUUGGGAACAAGAGGUGGCCAACAUAAAUUUAGAUUAUUACAAGUCAUUUGAAGAAUUGCUUAGGAGGGUUACAAAAAUUUUUCCUUUAGUAAAAGAAGAUGUUGAUAGAACUUUGUAUCCAUUUUGUGCCACAUCUUUAGAUGAAUAUUUGAGGUGGAAUAUUGGAAAGCAGCGAGCAUCAGAGUGGAGAAGAGCUGGAGUGGUAAGAACAGCUAUAUUAAAACUUGCAGCUAAAAAUAGUAUUUCCUAUUUGACGCCAGAAAGGUUUUGGUCACGUCGAGACAUAAUGCUUUGGUGUAGGAAGAAUGGUUUUGUUCCUAUGUCUACAGAGAAAAUGUCAAUGCUUCCAGAACCAAAGUGGUCAGGUGUUGAACUGUGUUCCAUAGCUAAUGUAGAUGAACUUACAUCAAAAUUAAUAGAAGAAACAACUAAUGAGAAAGCAGUACAGUAUGACGAUGAUGAAGAAAUAGAAGUGAUUGAAUGUGUAGAAGGGAAACCAACUAAAUCUGAUGAUAAUCAGAGUCAACUUUCAGCUUUCCAUAUGCCACCCUUAAAUGAAGCAGCUCUAUAUGUGAAAGAUACUGCGUUACAAUUAGGGGUGAAUCUUAAACCAGUGGAAUUGGAACCAUCAUUGUGUGUGCCAGUUGUAGAAGAAAUGAUUCUUGCUUCUUGUCGAGAACUCGCUUCUGAUCUGAUAAGUCAUGCAGUCAAUGAAGGUUUUGAUAGAUUAGGGGGAAAGUUAUGUCCAGAAGAAAUAACUGUAUCAGAUAUUUAUUCUGCAAUAAAGAAUAAUUCGAAAUUUAGUUUUCUCUCUAACUGUUAUCUGGGUAAACCAAAGGAGUAUGAAGAGGACACCUGACCAGUGAUUUAUAUAAAAAGAUUCAUUAUUUAUAUUUCUCAUUACAUUUGUUUUCUCAUGCAUUGAGUAUACUGCAUGUGUUCAAAAUGUCGCCGUGUGUAGCAAUUCAUUCUCUGGUGCCAUUUAAUGGCAGCUUAAAAAUCUUUUUACAAGAUUUUUGAUUAAUGUGAUACUAAUCAAGUUAAAUGCUUUUCACUAAACUGACUGAUCGUGUACAAUAUCCUAUGCAAAACUAUGUGCAUGUUGUGUUCUAGCAGUAGUUUCUAUUUUAUUGUAAACUCAAUUGUAAAGACAUUUUGAUUUCUGAAAUAGUCUAAUUUGAUUAUUAUGUCUAUUAAAAAAAUAAAAUCGUACUAUUUU